AUGGCAGUGAACAAGAAAUUGCGCUUGCCAAGGGACGAUUGCUUUGAGAGAGAGAGAGAGAGAGAGAGAGAGAGAGAGAGAGAGAGAGAGAGAGAGAGAGAGAGAGAGAGAGACUUUAAUCCAGUCACACCUGGGGCAAGCAAAGCAAAGCCAAGCCAAGCCAUGCCAAAAAAUCUAAAAGCCAAGGAAAGCCAAAGUCAAGCCAAGGAAAACAAAAGCCAAGUCAAAAAAAGCCAAAAAAGCCAAGGAAAGCCAAAACCAAGGAAAGCCAAUGAAAGCCAAAGUCAAGCCAACAAAAGUCAAGCCCACAAAAAAUCUAAGCCAAGGAAAGCCAAACCCAAGGCAAGCCAUGGAAAUCCAAAGCCAAGCCAACAAAAGCCAAGCAAGAAAGCCAAACCAAGCCAAGGAAAGUCAAAGCCAAGCCAACAAAGACAAGCCAAGCCAAGGAAAGCCAAAGCUAAGACAAGCCAAGAAAGCCAAAGCCAAACCAAGCCAAGUCGCGGAAAGUCAAAGCCUAGCCAAGUCAAGGAAAGCCAAAGUCAAGCCAAUCAAAGCCAAGGAAAGCCAAAGCCAAGCCAAGGAAAGCCAAAGCCAAGGAAAGCCAAGUCAAGGAAGGCUAGGCCCAAGCCAACGAAAGCCAAAGCCAAGACAAGCCAAGCCAAGGAAAGCCAAAGCCAAGCCAACAAAAGCCAAGCCAAGUCAAAUAAAGCCAAAGGCAAGCCAAGGAAAGCCAAAGCCAAGCCAAGUAAAACCAAAGCCACGGCUAGGAAAGCCAAAGCCAAGCUAAGCCAAGCCAAGCCAAGGAAAGUCAAAGCCAAGCCAAGCCACAAGGAAAUCCAAAACCAAGCCAAACCAAGCCAAGCUAAGCUAAGCCAAACCAAAGCCAAGCCAAGCCAAGGAAAGUCAAAGCCAAGUCAAGCCAAGGAAAUCCAAAACCAAGCCAAACCAAGCCAAAGCCAAGCCAAUCCAAGGAAAGCCAAAACUAAAACAAGGAAAGCCAAAGCCAAGCCAAGCCAAGUCAAAUCAAGCCAAGCCAAGUAAAGUCAAAGCCAAGCCAAGGAAAGCCAAAGCCAAGCCAACAAAAGCCAGGGAAAGCCAAAGCCAAGCCAACAAAACCAAGCCAAGCCAAGCCAAGCCAAGCCAAGAAAGCCAAAGCUAAGCCAAGGAAAGCAAUUCAAGCCAAGCAGGCCAAGCCAAGGAAAGCAAAAACCAGCCAAGGCCCAAAGCCAAGUUCAAAUCAAGCCAAAGCCAAGUAAAGUCAAAGCCAAGCCCAAGGAGAGCCAAAGCCCAAGGCCAAGCCAAAAGCCAAAAGGCCAGGAAAGCCCAAAGCCAAGCCAACAAAAGUCAAUGGAAAGCCAAAGACAAGCCAAGCCAAGGAAAGGUAAAGCCAAGCCAACAAAAGCCAAGGAGAGCCAAAGCCAAGCCAACAAAAGACAAGCCAAAGAAAGCCAAAGCCAAAGCCAAAAGGUAAGCCCAAAACCGGCAAAGCCAAGCCAAAAGCCAAAGCCAAGCCAAGCCAAGCCUAGGAAAGUCAAAGCCAAGCCAAGCCAAGCCAAGCCAAGGAAAGCCAAGCUAAGCCAAGGAAAGCCAAAUUCAAGCCAGGCCAAGCCAAGGAAAGCCAAAGCCAAGCCAACAAAAGCCAGGCCAAGGAAAGCCAAAGUCAAAGCCAAGCCAAGCCAAGGAAAGUCAAAGCCAAAGCCAUGCCAAGGAAAGUCAAACCCAAAGCCAAGCCAAGCCAUGGAAAGCCAAAGCCAAGCCAAGGAAAGCCAAAGCCAAACCAAGCCAAGGAAAGGGUGUGACGACGGCCGCCAUCUUGACACAAGCUUGACCGAUGAUAAUGAGAGAUUUCUGGUGAGUAUGAGUACGCAUCAUCAUCAUCAUCGCCUUCAUCGCCGAGCAACGCAAAGGUCCUUGGUGAAUUUUCGAUACACAGGUCUUACCAGCGCUUUCACUUCUACUGAUCUCCACCAUCUCCAGCUUCCCGUCUCUCAGUUCUCAUCUACGUGGGUCAUGGUCUUCAAACUCAUCUGGUGCAAUGUGGAGACCAGCCAGCACUAUCAACCCCUCGACAUGCAUUACGGGAAGAAGAAGAAGAAGAAGAAGAAGAAGAAGAAGAAAAAGGCCUCAGGCACACAACCAAACGACAGUAGCACCGGAUGA